AUGGAUUCCUCCGAGAUUCAAUCCACGGCCCCCCAACCCACCAGCCUCGAAGUUACGCCCUCCCAUCCCGGUCCAUACGAGCUGGAAGUGCACAACUUGACCGCAAAGAUAUUCCUCAACCGGCCCAUCCAGGAUCUGGUUCCUGUGCGGUAUCUGCGCAUGGCGGACAGAUUUUCAACCGUCCAACGCAAGGCUUGGAUCUUCCGCACGGGCACUGAAGACGCCCGCACCGUCGACCUGGAAGAAUGGUCCAUAAUUGACAUCCGCUACAGAGGCGUCUUCAAAACCCUUGCCAAAGUCCCCUGCUUCGACAAGGGGCUCUGGGAUGGCGGAAGCGAGCUAUGCCGAGUUGAGCUGGACGCGAAGAAGCCGCGCGCGCAAGCACAGGUUAUCUACGCGCUCAUGAAUGAGAUUGGAGAGAUGCUGGGGAUUAAGAGAUCGAUGAGUGAUGGGAAGGGCCACUUUUACCUCAGACCGCGUCUGCUCUCUACACCGAUGGAAUAUUGGACCGGCUACCGCGAGAAGCAUAAGGAUGGGCCAUUUGCUGAGGGGUUUCUGUCGCUAGACUUUGAGGGCGAGAGGUAUCGCUCUUUGCCGAUUCUGCCUGUUUCAACGACAAUGGAGGAAGAAUCCCUUCUCUCCUGCCUUCAAGGCAAAUUCAAGCUCAUGCUCGGCCAACUGUUGCUUCAUGUUCGACCCCUUCAACCCCCCGGCGACAAGCUGCCCGACCAAGAGAUUUUUCUAUUGGGUCUGCACGGCUCGAAGCUGCAUAUCAUGCGCGCUUUCUUCCCAGGCCAGAAGACGUCGAGUCUCUGGUGCAGACGCGAGGUUCCAGGUCCGGCAUCGACUCUGCCAUUGACUGCCUCGUCGCCACCCUCUCCUGCAACGCCUACACCAUCUUCCGCGCACAUGGAGUACUUCACCCCCGGCUCUACACCAGCCGGUAUCCCCGAAGGCCAGGACCAAGAGCAAGAACCACACCAGGAAGAAGCGGAAGACGGACAGAAACGGGAACAAGAAAGAGGCCGCACCCGGCACCGCAGCAACAGCACGCGCUUCUACGCGCCGCAAAACGUCGAGCGUCUCCAAGCGCAACUCGCGCAUACAACUCUGAGCAGACUCGACAACGAGCCUAAUCUGCGGACGUUCCGCGCGCUCGCAACGCGCGAAUACGACCUGUGGCAGAGUGCCGACUUCGCAGCCGCAGUGCAAGCCCUCGUAGCCCUGCACCUGUAUCUACUGAGCGGGCAAGCGCGGUGCGGCGCCCUGAUGGAUACAUUCCGGCGACAUCCAUUCCCCAACCCCGGCGGCGCAACUCCUACUAUGCAUGAGGAGGAAGAGGACGAGGACGAUGCUGAGACUGAUGCUGAGGCUGACGAGCGGGUUAAGCAUGAUUUGGAGAUGGAGGUGCUGCGGCUUAGUGAGCUAGAGGAGCGGUUCAAGAGGGAGGAGAUGGAUAGGAAGCGUGAGGAUGAGGAGGCCGCUAGGCUGAGGGAGGCUAUGCGGUGGAGUGAUGGUGACCGCAUUAGUAGUCUGCAGGGCAGUAGGCAGCCCUGGUGGGAUUUUGUGUGGAGAGAUCGCGAGGAGGAGAUGGCUAUGUUGGGGAGGGAGACGGAGAGUGGGAUUGAGAUGGAAAUGGAGAUAGAGGAGGGAUUAUCGGGGGAGAGGGAUGGACCUGAGCGAGGGAGUGAUGGUGAUGGUCAGGAGAAUGACAUGGACGGGGAUUACUUUGAGCAUGAUGGAGAUCUGGAUGCAGACGUCGGAGACGAGUGA